AUGUAUCUCAUUCAGAGGAGAGAAGAACAUUACCUCCUAUGCGUAGUGAUCAUCCAAAGCUGCGCACACUCAGGCGAUGUACAUCAUUGGAAUGUAUGUUCCACUGUGGCACCUGACAGCAAUACUCGCUUACCAUCACCCACAGGGGUCUACGAUACUGAUGACCACUCUGAUAGCUCGAUCGACAAGGGCAGUUUAAUCAUUCGAGUUAGGGAUGAUGUCGCGAUAUUUCCACUUGAUGAACGUGCGGUACCAUUGAAUGAUGGAAGUCUCCCUACGAUGUCAUAUUGGUAUGGUAAAGUUAGGGGGAUCUAUUUGACGACGGCCAAAAAGACACAGGACGUGUGGCUCGACAUACAGUGGUACUACAGGCGGGUUGACUUGGAGGAUCAAGAUGUGGAGUAUGUUGUUACAUUGGGGAGCUUCGCAGAAACAUUGAAAGUGUCUUCAUCCAGCCUUGCAGCUUGUGUCGGUGACUAUGAGCUUGUGUUGAGCGAUCACAAGUCUGUUGUGGACAUGCAUUGCGUCGAAGGGAAUGUCCUGCAGCUGCAGGAAGUCAAUAUCGAGAUUAGAGCACUGAUGGAACAGGCGAUGAAGCUCGGUAAACUUCCUGAUGGAUGGAUGGACGACCUUCAGCCGACAGUGGACACAUCUGCUAACGAGAUUAUUCGACGAUAUUCCUGCCCCACGUGCAAAGGGAUGGUGAUAUAA